CAACAGUGCACAGAUACGAGAUGGUGCUCCUGAGGUGGGCGAGGAGAAUGCUUUAAAUAGCACCACCAAACAGGCUGCCGCACACUGCCACCGCCGCCACCACCACCACCAGCGUCGCGCACCACCACAACACAUCCACCGCUUUACGUGAAGGAAGAACACGUCGAUAUCCUACGCGUCACUUUCCACGAGUUACUGUAGACACACAGGGCAAGGCAGUGCAGGGAGCUGGGGUCAAGUGCUACAGGACUGACGGAGAGCGGAGACAGACUAAGGUGGCCACGCAGCAGGCUCUGGGUGGAGUGUUGGCCUUAGUGUUGCUGUGAUGGCUGGCUGGGGAUGUUUGUGGUGUUUCCUCGGCCCGCCUCAUGGCAUACAAGGACACACCUUCCCCUCAAAUACUAUUCCUUCGGUCUCUGUCAUCCUGUAGCCUUCACACGUCCUCCUAGUCUUCUAAUCGUCAAUAUAUACCGCUAAUGCAGCCGGUCACCAGCCGCUGCCAUGGCGACGAAGGGUAGACCAGCGCCACUGCAGGACAUUGUGAGAGAAAGGGCCUGCAAGCUGACUUUAGACGCUUUGUGUAACAUUCUGCGGCAAGAAAGAGAACCCGAAGAGUAUCAUAGAAAACUUCGCUGCAGAGGUAAAAGAAAACGAGCUUCUUCCUGCGAUAGCUGUCCAAUUAGCAAGAAGACAAAGACAGAGGAACACCAGCAUACGUACUACACCAGAGCCAGAGCGAAACGCGAGAGAGAACAGGAACACGACGAGGGUGAUGAUGCUCCACGGAAAAGGCGAAAAGGUUUUGGCCCAUCCUCCGGGGGCGCCUCUCCCCACACUAGCUCCACGUCGACAGGCCACCAACAAGGCAGCAGGGACAAUCUCGCCCUCCAACCUGCUGUGCCCGAUUCAAACAAACUGGAGACGUUGAGACGAUGCUUUUGCUACCUCACUCCUUCUAUGUGGACCACCUACGCGAAGUGUCUUCUGGAUAGAGUUAUAUCAGAAAUCCGAUUCAAAGAAAUGGACCAAGCGAUUCUUGGGAAAACAAUUGAGUACAUAUUCGGUUCAAAGUUAUUGUCUUUCUCUACAGUGGCGAUCGAGCGUUACUCGUGUGGCGUGGUGAAGGUUCUCUUCGACCAAUUAAUGAAGUGCACACGACUUGAGGUCUUGGAAAUGACUAUGAUGCCGAACAGCAAGAGGGACGUGACAGCUGCUGCCCUAUCCCUGCAGAAGCUGGGGCACCUCCACUCCCUCUCACUGCUACCUUCCUCUCGUGUUUCCUAUCACUGGGCCGUCAGUCACCUGGCUCGCCACUGCCACGCAUUGCGGGAACUAAAAAUAGUCUACAACGGAGACCUCUUCGAUAGCACAGAUGAACUGGCGAGUCUGCGGCGGUGCGGUAGGCUCGCUUCUCUCUGGCUCUUCAACUUCGGUCACAACAGUGAGAUGAGAGAAGUGAUCCACCUCUUGGAAUCUUUAGGGAACCUCGAAGUGUUGUAUCAUAAGGAGCUGCCCAAUGCCAUCCUGGAGCUGCGGCCACCCACGGAUGCAGGAGCGGAGGCAAAGAAGGCAGGGACAGGACGCCACCUUGGGCUGCAGCGAGUGGAUCUGUGUUGGCACGAGCGAGCCAUUGGCUACCAACUGGUGUACGUCCCAGCCUCCCACCUGCUGCAUCUCGCCAGGAUGUGUCCUCAGAUCAGGGUCAUCAACCUGGUGGGUCCCCCGUGUCUGGCCGAAGUGAUAGGCCAACUGCCACGCCUACACGUGCUGAUCUUGCACCAGGCCAGCCUCACACUGUGCCUCGGCUCUGCCCUCAAGCACCUCGACCUCGCCAGGAUAACAGAACUGCGAGUGUCAGACGUGUGGGACGUGACGCACGACGUCAUCUCCGCGGUGGCGUGUGGCUGCCCUCACCUGCAAGUGCUAAAUGUUAUUAACGCAAACCUGGAGGCGAGGGGAGAUCUCCAGGCGUUGAUGCACCGCCCGCCCUUCCCUCACCUCCGCCAGCUGACCCUCGUGUUCGGUAUGGUCAAUAGGCGCCCUCCCCUCACCACGCCCUCUGUGUGGCAGCUCGGCGCGCAGCUCACCUCCUACCUUCUGGACGGCGCCUCUCAGCUAACCGACCUAUGGCUCUACUACCAGGAGGAGGACAUUCUGGACGGUGACCUCCCCACCGCACAAUAUCUGGAUGACGUCCUGACCCGCCCACGCCCCGCCCUGCGCUCCCUCAGGCUGGAGUGGCCGCCAGCCGUGUCCCCCGGAUUAGUGGGCGCCAUGGUGCGUGCCUGCCCCGCCCUCGCCACACUGUCCUCCAUCAUCACGUGGCCGCUUACCUCGGACCAGAUAGCAGCCUUUGUGGCAUUGUACGGGAGAUGCGUUGACAUCACGUGAUCACACUAAUGACCAAUAUGACUAGUUUUCUUUCUUACUUGCUUCUGAGACUAUCACUAAUUAUAAAUGUGAGAUAUAAUUACUGUAGUUUCAACCCGUCACGGACAAUGUUAUAUUUCCCUGUGAUAUAAAAAGAGAGCAAGUGAAACAACAAAACUCGACGGUGAUUUUGAGAUUGAGGCUGACCAGCAAGCAGGCGAGGACAGUGUAAUAUCAUGUGUUUCAGCAAAUAAUAAACAAGAAACAAGAA